CUACUGCUAGAGCCAUUAUUGAUGUUAGUGAUGGUAAGCUUGUUCUUAGGGUCGGGGAUGAAAAGGUAACUUUUCUCAUAUCAAAAUCUAUGAGACAUUCCCUUGAACAUGAUGACAAAUGUUAUUUCAUCGAUGCUAUUGACACUACAGCUUUAGAAUCUAUGCGGGAAAUUAUAUAUGAUGAUCGAUUGAAGCUGUGUAUGAUUCAAGGUGAGGAGAAUGAUGGGGAUGACCCCAUUAGAGUUGAGCAAGUAGCUCGUCCGAAAGCUAAUGAGUUCAUGAUUCGGAAGAAGGAGUUUGAGGAGAUUGACGAGAGGUAA